GGAAAAACAGAGGCUGAGAUCUAUGAGAGAGAAGGGGAUACGGGAAAUUGGUUUAAAGAGUAUUUUGAGUAGAACAUCAUUAGAUAUGUUGUUAUAUUUUUGAAGAGCAACGGGGCUGGCAGGUAGGAUGUAGUUUCUCCCGUUCCCUGUCUCACACUCCGGUACAGUAGAUGGCGGUAAUGCACCAUCACGUUGGAUGCCAACCGCCGAUAAACCCCACCGAAGAAGGAGGAGGACCCUCGGACGACUAUCUAGCAGCUAGCAAGCUGUAACCAUGGUGAUGAAGUCAUCAGUAGAGGAUGACGAUGUAGGAUGGGGACUGGGUGUCCCAGAGAAGAUGAGGAACAAUGCAAACUGGGUGGACGUUACACAUGAAUUUAAAGGGGCAUGCAAAGAGCUCAACCUUGGGGAGUUGCUCCAUGACAAGUUCAGGUUUGGCCUGUUCGAGGCUAUGUCUGCCAUUGAGAUGAUGGACCCCAAGAUGGACGCAGGGAUGAUUGGCAAUCAGGUCAACAGGAAAGUCCUCAACUUUGAACAGGCAGUCAAGGAUGGUGCUAUCAGAGUGAGGGACCUCAGUCUUCCUGAGCUGAUUGGGAUCAUGGACACCUGUUUCUGCUGCUUGAUCACCUGGCUGGAGGGUCACUCCCUAGCCCAGACAGUGUUCACCUGCCUGUACGUCCACAACCCCGACCUGAUCGAGGACCCCGCCCUCAAGGCCUUCACUCUGGGCAUCCUCAAGGUGUGCGACAUCGCCCGCGAGAAGGUCAACAAAGCCGCUGUGUUUGAGGAGGAAGAUUUCCAGGCCAUGACGUACGGCUUCAAGAUGGCCAACAAUGUGACAGACCUGCGGGUUACAGGUAUGCUAAAGGAUGUGGAGGAUGAGUUACAGAGGAAAGUUAAGAGCACACGCAGUCGCCAGGGUGAGCAGCGGGACCCGGAGGUAGAGUUGGAGCAUCAGCAGUGUUUGGCACUUUUCAGUCGGAUCAAGUUCACACGCCUUCUACUGACAGCGCUGAUCGCCUUCACGAAAAAAGAGACCAGCUCAGUGAGUGAAGCUCAGAAACUCAUGCAGCAGGCGGCAGAUCUCCUCCCAGCCCUCCGCUCCAGCAUCGAACAUGGCAUUCAGUCCCAGAACGAUACUACUAAAGGAGAUCACCCAAUCAUGAUGGGGUUUGAACCACUUGUGAACCAGAGACUGCUGCCCCCCACCUUCCCCCGCUACGCCAAGAUCAUCAAAAGGGAGGAGAUGGUCAACUACUUCAGCAAGCUCAUCGACCGCAUUAAGACCGUGUGCGAGGUCAUCAACACAACUAACCUACAUGGAAUUCUGGACUUUUUCUGUGAGUUCAGUGAGCAGUCCCCCUGUGUCCUCUCCAGGUCUCUGCUGCAGACAACGUUUCUGAUCGAUAAUAAGAAAGUGUUUGGGACCCAACCAAUGCAGGACAUGAUCAAAGAUGCUCUGAGGUACUUUGUCAGCCCACCAGUGCUCUCCUCAAAGUGCUGCCUGUAUAAUAACCACCAGGCCAAGGACUACAUUGAUUCCUUUGUCGCACACUGCUCGAGGCCCUUUUGCAGUCUCAUCCAGAUUCACGGACACAACCGCGCUCGGCAGAGAGACAAACUAGGCCACAUCCUGGAGGAGUUUGCCACACUGCAGGAUGAGGCAGAGAAGGUGGACGCGGCGCUGCACAGCCUGCUGAUGAAGCUGGAGCCCCAGAGACAGCACCUGGCCUGCCUGGGCACCUGGGUCCUCUACCACAACCUGCGCAUCAUGAUCCAGUACCUGCUCAGCGGCUUCGAGCUGGAACUCUACAGCAUGCACGAGUACUACUACAUCUACUGGUAUCUGUCAGAGUUCCUGUAUGCAUGGCUCAUGUCCACUCUGAGUCGGGCGGACAGCUCUCAGAUGGCUGAGGAGCGCCUCCUGGAGGAGCAGCAGAAAGGACGCAGCAGCAAGAAAAUCAAGAAGAAGAAGAAGGGUCAAGGAGCUCGCCCCCUCAGCAGAGAAAUCACCAUGAGCCAAGCCUACCAAAACAUGUGUGCUGGCAUGUACAAGACUAUGAUAGCCCUGGAUAUGGAUGGAAAGGUGCGGAAGCCGCAGUUUGAGUUGGACAGCGAGCAGGUGCGCUACGAGCAUCGCUUUGCCCCCUUCAACAGUGUGGUCACUCCCCCGCCAGUCCAUUACGUCCAGUUCAAGGAGAUGUCUGAUCUGAAGAAGUACAGUCCUCCUCCUCAGUCAGCUGACCUCUACAUGGCGGCCAGUAAACAUUUCCAGCAGGCCAAACUGAUCCUGGAGAACGUCCCCAGCCCUGACCCAGAGGUGAAUCGCAUUCUAAAAGUGGCCAAACCCAACAUUGUGGUCAUGAAGCUACUUGCCGGCGGGCACAAGAAGGAGACAAAGGUACUACCGGAGUUUGAUUUCUCCACUCACAAGUACUUCCCUGUGGUCAAGAUCAUCUGAAUCAGAGCCCUGCAUUACUAUGACAACUCAUACCCAGUACCCACCUCCCUGACCCGGUCUCCGUACACCAGCUUUUUCCAUCUGCGUAACUGUGGUCGCUAUGAUAGGACAGAGGGAGACAGUGUCUGAAGUUGGUUGACCAGGACAAGAUCAUCCUUUACCCAAUUGUCUUUUUGGUCCUGACCCACAAAGGACUACAAAUACCAGACAUCCCAAAGGACAGAAGAACUACAUCCUUCACAAUACCAAAAACAGACUUGUCUGACUAUGGUAUUAAAAUGAUUUAUUUUGUCAUCCUUCUGUGCUACAUUUCCUCAAUAAAAAAAAGAUUAUUUAA